UUCAUUUCCAUGUAGAAAAAUGGCGGAGCGGAGCUGCGGAGGCUGCAUAGUCUAAACGACUGGAGGUUUAUUGACACCACUAGCUCCAAAGUCGUUCGUGGACGGGACCAGCGGGUUUGGACAACACUGCCGUGUAGCAGGACUAGCUUCAACUCGGACUUGGCGGACAUUUUCAUUUAUUAUUUUACCCGUAAACGAGACGCCAGAGCCUAGUAAGGAGCGACGAAAACAAGUCAUGAACGGGGACAUUGUAUGCAAUUCAGUCACCAUCGUAAACCACAGCAAAUCCACACAACCAGGUCAGGAUGAAAUGACGAUCAAGCUGACACAGGAAGGGAGGUGCCCUCCAGUAAACUCGCAGCAAAAUGAUGCCCAUAGGCAGGGAGAAGGUCGCAGAACAAGUAUCAUUACCACCACUACCACCACCACCACCACUAUGCCAAAAGACUCAAAGAGCCUGUGUUCGCCCUGCUGGUCAGAUGAACAACAGCUGUCACCUCCGCAGCUCCUUUGCCCUCAGACCUGCCUACGUUCACCAACCGAGCCCUCCCUGCCACUGAGUAACGGCCGGUGUCACAGUCUCCUCUUCACUGGCAACAGCAGCACUCUUCACGGCCACAAGAGGAGAAAAAUGCGGCCCAAGGUCGAGGGAAAGAAAAUGGCUCAAAGAAUUGCAGCUGGGAAAAAUUCCCAAAACCGUAAAGUUACCGACUAUUAUCCAAUCAGACGAAGCUCAAGAAAAAGUGAAACGGCUCUAAAGUGUGAAGAAAAGAAGCAGAUAGACGACCUGAUCACAAACGGAAUAGAGGAAGGAAUGGAGGUGCAGCACAUAGAAGGAAAGGGGAGAGGAGUGUUUGCCAUGCGGUGUUUCCAGAAAGGCGAGUAUGUGGUGGAAUACCACGGAGACCUGCUGCAGAUCACCGAUGCCAAAAAGAGGGAGGCUGAAUAUGCUCAGAACCCUGCCACAGGCUGCUACAUGUACUACUUCCAGUACCUCUGCAAAACAUACUGCGUGGAUGCCACAAAAGAGUCUGGUCGAAUGGGUCGCUUAAUAAACCACAGUAAAAUCGGAAACUGCCAAACCAAACUCCACGACAUCAACGGCGUCCCUCACCUCAUCCUCGUCGCCUCUCGAGACAUCGACAAGGGCGAGGAGUUGCUGUACGACUAUGGCGACCGCAGCAAAGCCUCCAUCGCAGCUCACCCGUGGCUCAAGUACUGACUGAGGGGACCUCAAUAACAAACAAACAAACAAACAAACAAACAAACACACAGGGAAACAUUCAGUAACUUUUGGGUUUCUCAUCUGCUAGUGUACAAAAUGCCUUAGAAACAGAACGUGUACCCCCUUUUCUUCCAUUGUGAAAGAAGCUGGAUGGGUUUAGUAGCUGAUAAUGGAAGUGGGGUUUUGAUCAUGUUUGGACUGAGGGCAGGCGACAUCGGUAGUUUUAUUUAUACAUGUACAUGAAGCGUUCUAGUUGUUUUGCAGCACAUUUAUUUUGUACAUUUUUGUAUUUCCUAUAGACCAAGGCUUCUCCAGCGUGUAGGUGGUAGUCGAGGCUCUGCAUUUUUAUACCGCUUUUUCCUUAAUUCAUGGUUAGAUAAUUAGCAAUACUUCUACUUCUGGCCCCACAGAGACUUUGAAUCUAAUGCAAAUUACAAACCCCUUUUUUAAAACACAUAUUGUGUCAGAGUGGGAUUUAAUUCCAGCCAUUAAACUCACCCAGUCGACCGUCACCGUUUAGUGAGAGUGUAACAGUUUAUCACACUCCUGAUAUUCAAGAGGCAAUUUUGGUACUUACACUAUUUGACACAGGGUUAGAGCAUUACAAUAUUUUUUAAAGUGUGAAAUAAUUGUUCAAGGGACUUAACACAGGAAUGAUUUCAUGCCUUUUUAUCACGCUUUUAUCACUAUAAAGUACCGACACGGCACGGCUCAACUACGCGGUUUGGUUAGUUUUCUAUUACGUCAUAGUACCUCCUAAACGUGGGUGAAGUCAUCAUAGCACGGCACAAACUAGUGACUUGUAAAGCAUUUCUUGUCAGUGUAACUGGAUCAUUGGACUCACUCAACUGAAAGCAUUAGUUCAGUACUUCCUGCAUGACCGUAGCACACAGUCACUGAACUGUGAUGCGGCUCACCGCCCAUGAUAGCGGAUUUUGGCAGUGCUGUUGCUAAAUACACCAGACUUCCGCUGUUAAAUGUUGAAAUUUUAGACAUUUCCGUCUUCAGGAUUUGUAAGUCUACAGUUCAGCAUUGUUUGGUUUGAUUGUUAUGUCGGACGUCGUGCUCAUGACUCUUCCAGACUAUUGCUAAUGGAAAAGCAAAAAAAAAAAAGAAGAGUCGUGCCGGGGUUGGGUAGUGGAAAAGCACCAUUUGUCUUAAGCAUGUAGUAUUUUUUAAUAUUUAAGCUGCAUAUUCACGGUGGCCCAGAACACUCAACACGACUCAGAAAAGCCACAACACAAAUGCAAAAGCCGCAGCGGAAGUCACCAGUUUACGUCUGGGUUUCCCGGGACAGUGCAGCUUUACUUAUUGGGAAGCAGAGAAACAUGCUGAAUGGAAGAAUGAAUGUAAGUGCCCACACGCAAAUUAAACUUAAGAAGUGCCGGUACUACGUAACGGACAUUAUUGGCCCACUUUAAGCACUGCUUCUUAGUUUUCCAUUCAGCUCGUUCCUCUGCUGCCUAAUAGUAAAGCUGCACACUGUUUUGAGUCUUCUGAGCCACCAUACAUAUUUAAAUUAUGAAGUGCAGGUAGUUUUUAUGAUUUCUUAUGUUUCCUUAAAGGCAAAUGUUUAUGACAGUUUAUUAUGAAUUCAUGAUUUACUGAAUUUAUACUGGCUUGUGAUUAUCCAGCCAGUGUGCUCCACGGUCCUUUUUUUAAUUUCACUUGCAUAAAGAUUUUUCAGGUGGUCGCAGUCUCUGUUUGACUGUGCUGUGUAAAUAUAUUUAUUUUCUUGUGAGGGGUGAGUUGAAGAGGUUUGACUUUCAGUUCAGUUUUAAUUUAUUUUUAGGAGACUAAUUUGCAGAAACACACAACCUUCCUGUUGUGUUUGUGGCUGAGUUAGCGAAUAUGAAGCUAAAGAGCAGAUGAACAAUAGAAACACAAAACCAAUAUAAUGUAAACUUUACCUAAAUUGCUACGACCAGAUACAUUGAAUAGGAAAAAAUGUGCUCAGUAUUCACCAUAUCAGGUGCACAUGUGAUUGUCAGAGCAGCUCACCCAUAGCUUCUAUCUUUAUGAAGGCAGCAGUGUUUGAACUCCAGUAUCUUCUGGAGGUCUGAUGAAUUAACUAUUUUCUUUUUUUAUCUUGUUUUAAUAACUUUAAAGAUUGGAACUAACAUAAAGAUAACAUAACCCGGGAGUGUUGUUGCAGCUACAGUACAGUGUCAUUUUCUAAGCUUCAAAAAUUGAACUCCUCAGUGUUAUUGUUGUGGUUGCAGUGGUAUUGACAUGGCGUCUGACCAAAAACAGCCACUUUUAGCCACUUAACAAUAAUAAAUUUGACACCUUCCCUCCUUUAUCUCAUCGCUGGAUGCACUUUUUCAACUGGUUAUUGAAGUUUGUCAGUCACCCUUAUGGUCUGUACAUACUCAUAUGAUGUAGUUCUUUUCUUUCAGCCCUGGGAGAGAGAACAAAUAUGUACAGGCCUUAAGUCCUGCACCAAAACCCAUAGAAAAAAACAGUGUUUGUAGCUUGUGGGUUUGCUGGUCUGCUGCUGUCUCAUUUUGUACGUUCGUGUCAAUUAUGGUAAUCUUGACUGAGGAUUUUAAACCCCAAAAUCAAAAAAUAACACAUUUGAACUUUGUGGUAGAGGCAACAGCAGAAUAACAACAUUACCUCCUGGGAUGUUAAAACUCUGCUCUUCUCUAUGGACUUUGGUGUGAGGAGUGAGGGUUUUACAAACUUGAGUUUCCAGUCUGAAAAGGCUGAAAGUAGGCAUAGAUGUUGUUUGAAAACCUCCCCAAUGGCCCAAAGUGAAAGCACUAAAUGUUGCUAACUGUGGGCAGAGAUGGGCGAACGUUUUAUGCCGCCUUUUCCAGUCUUGACCCUCGGCUAACUUGUCUGUCUCCUGGUGGUUGUUACUUCAUACUUUUUCUCAUUUAAUUCUCCACAACAAAGCAUAAUAACGUCAUGUUAUUCCUGUGACAUGAAACGGGCCAAAGCUAAACCACAUGUGACUCUUGAAUACGUCGCACAUGUAGCCAUGUGUGCGGUAAACUGGUCCACGCCCCUCGCUUUGCUGUUUUCAUUCUGUUCACGCAGAUAUUUCAUGUCAACAUUUUAUUUAUUUGUUAGUUUUAUUGAACAGCUGAACUGCCAACAUGUCACUUUUCAUACAUUGUUGUUAGUAGCCUUUUCACCUUUUGUUUAUCUGUAUGUAGCCAGACGGUCCAAGAGCUCUCACCUACUUCCUUUUAAAAAGGUUUUUAAACUCUUUUACUUGAUUUAUAUAAUUUUUCCAAAAAUCACUGAACAUUUUUUGCUUGAAAAAUUCCUUGAUAUGAAUGAAAUAGGGAAAAAAAAUGUCUAGCAACUAAUGACCUAAUUAAUUUAACAGUAAUACUACAGAAUCUUAGUGUUAUUAACAGUGUUCUAGAAUCUUGCUAUAAUUUAUUUCACCACAGGAAAAUGGUGACAAGCGUGCUGCACAGGUAGCAGGCCAAUCCUCUGUCCUCUGUCCGUUACGUCAUCUGGGACAGAGGACAAAUGAAAUGUAAAGACCCCAAACAAACAACGCGCUGGUUCUUAAAUAUCAUAAAACGGCCCAUUAGAAUAGUUUUUAUCUAACAAACGGAAGUGGUGCACUUGUUGGGAUUUAUUUUCAGUGGUGGGUGAAUUCACAUGUGGUGGUGGUGUUAGUAUUUGAGGUGACAGGACAGAAAUGGAGUUUUAUCACAUAAACACGUGUUGAUGGCUCAGGUCAUUGCUAAUAGUGGGCGUUUCAUGGGGUUUGUUUAGUCAAAACCUAUAGAAUAUCCCACAUGUCACUUUUUGAUUUUCUUUUCUGCCUUCCCUUAGUGAACACAUGAUGUGAAUCUUCACUUUUUCUUGCAGGAUGACAAUGUGAUUUAUUAUUAUUGUUGUUGUUAUUAUUUUGGGGGGUGAUUUAUGAGACUGUCUUAAGAUAAACAUUUAGUGACGUGCUUAUUUACUUUGUUACAGAGAGUGGAUGACAAAAUCAUUUCUGUUAUUUUGUAGCAGCGUGUGUUUCAAAUCUAUGCUAACUCGACCAAACCUAAACCAUCCUCUUUUCAUACCUAUCGGACACCAAAUGGCGACGGCGGGUCACAAGUUUCCCAAAUCUUCAGAUGGCUAUUGAACUUUAAGGAUUCUUUUGAUGUUAUGGUGUCAUUGUUGAUACAUGAAAACACUGAUUCUGACCUUUCAUCUCAACACUUCCUCUGUCACCUCCAACGGUAGCAUCGUGUUAGAAAGUGUGAAAUGUUUUCGUACGAGCCUUUCUUUAACCAACGUUUCAUUUUUCUUAAUGUAGAACUAAUGCAAUAAUUACUGGGAGGCCAAACUGACCUGUUGGCCAUUUUAGGAUGUAAUAAAUAGAUCUUUGCUGUUGUAGCGUUGAAUAAAUCUUAAUGCUGGGGUUUAGGCAUCGAUGAAUAAAGAUGUAUUAUGCAAAUGAACAGGCAUGGGUGGUUUGUUCUCGUGUUGAAAUAAAUGUGGCAAGAUAAUGGUGUAA